AUGAGGGAGAGUCCUGGCUUUAACCGGCGGCCCGAGGUCCUCACAGGGUCCUCAGAGGAGGAGGCAGGAGGGUCAGACUCAAGAGAGAUUAAAGAUGGUGCACUACAGGCUUUGCAGAUGGAGGAAACCUCCCAGGACACGCUCACGGAGAUCUCGGAAUGGCUGGAGAAGCAAACCCGGGAGGUGGUCCCCCUAGCCUGCAGGAACUUUCAGGGCCUGAGCACAGACCUGCACAAGUACCUGGUCACUUGCAUCCAGAACAUCUUUGGGGACUUGCUGUGCCUACGGGGGGAGGUGCCGACGCUGCGCCUGCUGUGGGCGCGGAGCCAGCAGGUGAUCAUCUUUUACGAGGACGAGGACACCGUGAGCUGGCACAGGGAGCUGCAACCGGGGGUCUGCUACUGGUGGGGCAACAAAGUGAAGGUGCAGGAGCUGAUCCGCUACCUGGAGGGCAUGAAGAGCUGCGGCCGCCCAGGCGGGUUGUUUGUGGCUGGCAUUAACCUUACGGAGAACCUGGAAUACAUCCUGGUGCAUCCGUGUGAGUUCCUGCAGAAGAUGACGGUGCCCGAAGUGCCGUACCUGAGCACCUGGGUCCGAGCGCAGUGCCCGGGGCCGGGCUCACAGUGCACCAACGUCAUCGCGGGUGACUUCAUCGGCGCGGACAGUUUCGUCAGUGACGUCAUCAGACUCAACGAGAAGCUGCUUUGGUGCUGA